CUCUCCUACAGAGACAGUGCGGAUGCAGUGGAGCCCAUCGGCAGCCUGCCAGGACAGGCCAGAUAUGGGGUGAACAAGCUGGAGGGAUUGUUGCAGCCGCUUGUAGAGAACGGCUUGAAGUGUGUGCUGAUCUUUGGUGUUCCGGCAAAAAUAGCAAAGGACGAGCGAGGUUCAGGCGCUGACAAAGACGACACUCCGGCCGUACUGGCAGUGAAGAAGAUCCGAUCUUUGUUUCCAGAGCUGCUGGUGGCGUGUGACGUCUGCCUGUGUCCCUACACGUCUCACGGCCACUGUGGUAUCCUGAAUGACGACGGCACUCUGAACAAUGACGCCAGCUGCCUGCGUUUGGGAGAAGUGGCUCUGGCGUACGCGCUGGCCGGCUGUCACAUCAUCGCCCCGUCUGACAUGAUGGAUGGAAGAGUCCGAGCUAUAAAACAAGCGCUGCUAUCCAACGGUUUGGGAAACAAGGUGUCAGUGCUGAGCUACAGUGCAAAGUUUGCCUCUUGUUAUUACGGCCCCUUCAGAGACGCUGCUCAGUCCAAACCUGCGUUCGGGGACAGACGCUGCUAUCAGCUGCCCCCUGGAGCCAGAGGACUCGCCGUCCGAGCGGUGGAGCGAGACGUGAGAGAAGGAGCCGACAUGCUGAUGGUGAAACCAGGUCUGCCGUAUCUGGACAUUGUGAGAGAGGUCAAGGACAAGUUCCCUAAUCACCCACUGGCGGUGUACAACGUGUCAGGGGAGUACGCCAUGAUGUGGCAUGGAGCGCAGGCCGGAGCGUUCGACCUGCGGGCCGCUGUGAUGGAGGCCAUGACCGCCUUCCGCAGGGCGGGUGCUGACAUCAUCAUCACCUACUACACCCCCCAGCUGCUCACCUGGCUGAAGCAGUGACGAUCGAGGAUCCGAAGCCGAAGA